GUUGUUGUGGCUGCUUAAAUCACAAAUGUAUGUUCGCCAAUCGUUUCAGUCUACGAAAGUUGGCACUCUAAUUCUAAAUAUACCUACUGAAUGAACCUGAUGUAUUUGUAACAAUGGUGUCGUGAUAUGUAUUAGUGGCUAUGGGGAACGCUCACAUCAAACCCCAUCCUCGACAAAGACACAAAAAACAAGUGCAUUGGAAAGCUGCUGCGCGACCUUACGCUCCGGGAAAACCAUUCCUCGUCACCGACGUAGAACCAACUCCGGAUCUGGUGACUAUCCGAUGGAUAAAACCAAUCAGCGAUGGAGGUUCACCCAUAUCCGGUUAUUUAGUAGAACAUCGACGAGCUGGAUCCCCACAUUGGGUCCGAGCUACCCCAUUAUUAGUACAAACCAAUGAGCUAACAAUAAGUGGACUGGAACCGGGAUGGCGGUACCAAUUUCGCGUGACAGCUGAAAACGCCGUAGGAAUUUCUGAUCCCAGCGAACUAUCCGAACCGAUAACCGUAACUUUACAACGAUCAGCUGUUACAGCUCCUAGAAUAACGCAAGAACUGAAAGACACUGAUGCUUUAGAAAACGAAAAAGCGGAAUUUGUCGUUCAUUUCUUAGGACAACCGCCUCCGAAAGUUUGUUGGUAUAAAGACGCUUUUGAAAUAUUUAGUAGUAGAAGAAUCCGCAUACUCACCGAAUCAGAUAGGAGCGUUCUAACAAUACAUCAAUGCUCUCUAUCGGACGAAGGGGAAAUUAAAUGUACUGCUACAAACCGCGCGGGUCACGUAGCUUCCAAAGCUAAGCUUGUAGUGCAAGCUCCACCUAGCGUACGCCUUCCGAGACAAUACGAAGAAGGUUUACUUUUCGAAAUAGGUGAAUUGAUCAGACUGAAAGUUUCAGUCGCCGGACGACCGACUCCUUUGGUAUUUUGGAGCCAUAACGGAGAAUCUAUUAAGAAUAAUGAUCGAUACGAAAUGGAGUACGUGGAUAACUCAACGAUAUUAAAAAUAACCGACGCAAAACGCGAAGACAGAGGCGAAUAUUUAGUGAAAGCUGUUAAUAAACUAGGAGAACAUACUCAAUCGUUUCUAGUAACUGUAACAGAUAAACCCUCACCUCCAGGUAAAGCCAGAGUAUUGAUGGCGCUUGGUAGAUCCGUUACCCUCACUUGGAGCGUUCCCAAUGAUGACGGUGGUUGUAAGAUAGGCAAUUAUAUAGUUGAAUAUUACCGCCUAGGUUGGGACGUAUGGCUCAAAGCCGCAACUAGUAGACAGGUCACUACUAUGCUAGGUGAUUUAAUAGAAGGAAGCGAGUAUAAAUUCAGAGUUAAAGCCGAAAGUCCUUACGGAGUCAGCGAACCAAGCGAAGAAUCAGAAGUUAUUUUUAUACCAGAUAAAAAAAGAGGAAUAUUGGAACCGUCAGCUCGCAGUAGAAGUCAACCUAGGGAAAUAGAGGAGCCCCCAAUGGUUAAAAGAAAAAAUAGGUCUGCUACAAGGAUGGAUAAUUUACCAUUAAUACAGGAAGACGAACCUCCAAAACGUCCUAUACGUACAAAAGUGAAAAGUCCUUCGAAAACUCCGGAAGCUUCUCCACUACCUACCAAAAAAGAUUUAAAUAACCUUAAUAAUAAAAGAGAACUUGAAACUAAAUUAAAUAAGGAAAUUUUCGAAAGAUCUGAUAGCUUAACACGAGAUUUAGCCUACGGAAGUCCAGGUAUCAAAGUAAGAAAAGAACUUUCGCCAGAGUCGAAUCAACCUGAUAUUUCUACUAAAACUGCAACUACGGAUCAUGCGGUAUUUAAAGUUCGUAUAGAACCUCCUGAAACUGAACAAAAUCCUUCAAGUACUAAAGACAAAUUACCAAGAGACAAUAGCGAUAACUUCACAGGUAGCUCGGAAUUUAUGUUGGUUCUCUAUCCUGAUGAAAACCAAAAAGGUCAGACAGAUUUCGAUUUGGAUGACGAUAUGAUGCCGCCUCCAAUGUCAUUAUCCGCCCCCGAAUUAGGUAACGAAGCUCCAAUAUUCAAUCCGAUAAAAUCGUCUGCUAGUUCUACGGAACUUUUACAUGAAAGAGCCAUGAAGAGAUUGUACGAAGCAGCUAAAGCCGAAGAAAGGGAAUUAGAAAGAAGAAGAAUAUCUGCUGAUAUGAAAGGACUUAACAUAGAAAUACCAAAAAUACAAAUCAAUUCGAAAGAUCAACCGGAAAUAGAGAGAAUAAAAAGAAGAUUAUCAGGCGGAAGUGCGCAACAAUUUUGGACAAGAAGACAUAGUUUGAAAAAUUCUGAAGAAUUCGGUAAAUUCAAUAAUAAAAGAUCUAAAUCUGAAGAAAUAGAAGAAGAAAUUUUCGAAAAAAUCAGGUCGGGAAAUCAAUCUAGAGAAAAACGUAAAAUAAAUAUAGCCGAUGUAGAAAAAUGGGCCGAUGAUUAUGUUUCUAGUACAGAAGAAUCCUCAAAUGAAGAAGACGAUAAUAAAAAUUGUUAUUUAACAGAUGAAGAAGAACAAACUUAUCAUCCUAGGGGACUAAGAUCGAUGUCUUUUAGCAAAGAAGAACCUUUCGAAAUAUUAACAAAAAGAAAAGAGCCUCCUAGUCCCGAUUUCGUACCGAAACCGAUUUUAAAGAAAAAAGAACAAGAAGAUACGCAAUCUCCAUCAACAUCGCCUAAAUUAAGAAGAUCAAGUUCCCCUAUACCUCCGAACAUCACUUCAAAUCCAACAAUUAAUUUUCCUUUAUUACAAAAAACGAUACCAGAAGAAACUUCUAGAUCUCGAUCGUCUUCCCUUACCCCAAAUGAUAAAAAAGAAAAUAGACCGAGUAGUCCGAGGAAACGAGCGUUUUCUUUAUUACCACAAAUCGAUCUUUUUGAAAAAUCAAAUCAAAAAGAACCAUCUAGAAAACGAUCAUUUUCUCUAAUACCGCAAGAAGAUUCUACAGAAGGAGUUAUACCGGAAACUAUAUAUAACUUACCCUCGUCGAAACCUUCUUUUUUAAUGCAAACAAUAUCAGCAGCAGCUACUAUAUCUGGUAUAACAGCAGCUAGUAUAGUAAUACCCGAUAGAUUAGCGGAAAAACAGAAAGACGCCGAGGAAUCUAAAGUAGUCGUAGAUCACUACAGUGAUAUCGUUAAAAAUUAUGGAAAUAGAACAAAAUCUUUAACACGUAGUAGGGAAUCUUUACAGAAGAGUAAAGAUUCUUUACAGAAUAUUGAAGAUACUAAACUAACACAAAUCAGUAGUGAAACUCCUCGUAAUUAUCAUGAUAAUUAUCCUUCUUACAAAAACGUUUCGUCUGAUUUAAACAAUAAAAAUACAGUUUUUUCAUCAACUUCUUCAGCUGAAAGUGGUUAUAUUAGUUCUAAUACAUCUAAAGUUACAACUCCUACAAAAGAGGAAUCAUCAUUUAUUCAAAAACAUCCUACAAUUAGUCAAAAUAGCGAAAAUCCAGUAGAGAAAGAAGAAUCAAUAAAACCAGAGGAGGUGAUAUCCUCAUCGAGUUAUAGACCAUUUUCUCCUAAUAAGGAAAAGAAGAAUAGACCGUUUUCUCCGUCUAAUAGAUCCCCAAUGAGAAAAUCAUCCACAUCUCCUUUAAAUAAACCGGAAAAGAGAAAAACUCCUUCGCCUUAUCCCAAAUCUCGAAUCAAUAAAGAUGAUAUAAAAUCGUCUCGUUGUAUCGAAAAAUCUCCUGUCAGGAUACGACAUCCCAAACUAAAAGAAAUCAUGACUCAAACUUCCGAAGGAUUAGGAUCAAUGGAUGAAAAUUAUCCUGAAUUUUUACGCCAGCAACGACAAAUGGAAUUAACAGCCGAAGCGGAAAUCAAAGUUCAUAAUUUUUUCGAUUAUAUAACAGAUCUGGUUAUGUUUUCUUUAGCGUGUUGGUUUUAUCUAUUCAGUAACGAGUUAUUUGCCAUUCCUGUAUUGUUGGUAUUGGUCUAUAGGCAACUGCAAGCGCAAUAUAGGCAUUUUAGAAAUAGAUGUAGGCAGAUACAAGAUAAUAUGUCGAGAAGAAUACCUUUAUGGUUUUUGAGGUUAAUACGAAAAAGUAAAAAGGAAUGAAAUUUUCUUCUUUUCAUUUAGAAACGUCGAAAUUUAUUUAAAAUUUCAUAUAAUUGAUAUUCUUUAUUUUAACAAGUUAUAGUAUAACUUUUUGAGCAACCCUCGUAUAUGCAAUUUAUUUUUAAACGUUUAAAAAUUUUCUUGUAUUAUAAAGUCAAUUAAAACAAGUUAAUACAGAGGUAUAGAAUAUUCGUUUUGAUUAAUUUUAAUGUAAUUGUUAAUUAAUUAUAAAAAUAAAACGUUUUUAUAUACA